GAGGCGGGCGGGGGGCGGGUUAAAAGCGGCGGCAGGUGAACGGGGAGGGACCUUAAAGCUGCGGGACGGCGAGGUUGGGACCGGCCGCUCCGCAGGCACCGCCGGGACCUGCACCGAGUCCCACCACCCGCCCACGGUGCCUGUUCCCGGGAGCUCCCGGCGGGGCUCGCGCCCCCUGUGGCUGUGGGCACUGCUGAGGCAGCUCUUUGUAAGCACGUUAUGUGAAGUACCCGGCCAGCUAAGACACUGAGCUUCGGCAUUUGCAGGUCUGACAACUAAAAGGAGACAAUGGAUUGGGGAGCUCUGCAUACCAUUUUAGGAGGUGUCAAUAAGCACUCCACCAGUAUCGGGAAGAUCUGGCUCACAGUCCUGUUCAUCUUCCGUAUCAUGAUCCUGGUUGUGGCUGCAGAGAGAGUCUGGGGAGAUGAACAAGAUGACUUUAUCUGCAACACUCUGCAACCUGGUUGCAAGAAUGUUUGCUACGAUCACUUUUUUCCCAUCUCUCACAUCAGACUCUGGGCUCUGCAGCUGAUCUUUGUUUCCACACCUGCAUUGCUGGUGGCCAUGCAUGUAGCUUACAGGAGGCAUGAGAAGAAAAGGCAAUUCAGGAAGGGAGACCAGAAAUGUGAAUACAAGGACAUCGAAGAAAUCAGAAGACAGAGGUUUCGUAUUGAGGGCUCCUUGUGGUGGACGUACACCAGCAGCAUCUUCUUCAGACUGGUCUUUGAAGCAGUCUUCAUGUAUGCAUUUUAUUUCAUGUAUGAUGGGUUCCAGAUGCCUCGCUUAAUGAAGUGUAAUGCUUGGCCCUGCCCCAACACAGUGGACUGCUUUGUUUCUCGACCUACUGAAAAGACGGUGUUUACUAUUUUCAUGAUUGCUGUGUCCAGCAUUUGCAUUCUUUUAAAUGUGGCUGAAUUAUGUUACUUACUGACAAAAUUUUUCCUCAGAAGGUCUAAAAAAGCUGCAAAUCCAAAACAACACCCCAACCAUGAAAACAAGGAAGAAACCAAGCAAAAUGAAAUGAAUGAGUUAAUAUCUGAUAGCUGUCAGAACACAGUUAUAGGAUUUUCAAGUAGCUAGACGUCAGUGCUGGUGUUCACUCUUUUUUUUGGAGUGGAUUUUUUUUUAAAGGCUGCAUGUGAAAUUUUUUAUAUAAAACAGUAAGUUGGUUGAGACUGUGAUACCUGUAGUCAGGUGUCAAUUAUGCACGUCUGAAAAAAAGGGCAGCCUAAACGUGAAAAUUGUGUAAGGAUUAAAUAGGAAAGUGUAUCUUCCUAUGAGUACCCUUACAAGUUGACUGUGACAAGUGGGAAGCACACUAAUACCUUCAUGCUGACACAGCUCCUGAAAAUUCCAUGCAAUGGCAGUAAGAACAAAAUUCUUUCCAAGCUAGAUACUCUAGUAUUGCAAUAUGUUUUUUAAUAGUGGUAGUUUUUACUUGCAAACUGACAAAAUGUUUUUCUAAAAUCUUUAUUUCAUGUUACUUAAGGUGUCACAGUACACAACUGUGUUUUUUCUCUUAACCAGGCAUAUGCAGAUGAACCCUGUAAUACUGUAUUCAUAGGGAAGAGACAGCAAUAGGCUUCAUCUUUAGAGCACUGCAAGCACUGCUUCAGACACUCGGGCACACAAGAUGCUGGCUGUAGGGAAAGCUGCGUGAACACCCACCACAUGUACUGUGGAUAAUUGAGGUAGCUAGGUCCUGAGUGCUAAGUCAUGCCUAAAGCCAGCAUGACACUAUAGAUACAGCCUAUGUAGUCUUGCUUUAAACAUCUAGCAGACCUGGUAAUCUUAGCAAUCUUUUAAUUGCAUACUACCAGUUUUAUAGCAACAUACAUAGCUUCAUGUAAAUGUUUAUUUCUCUAAUGUAUUAGCUAUAUUUGUUUCUUUAUGCUACAUCACAUGGACCUUUUUUGUUUUUAUUUGUUUGCUUUAUUUUUUGUGGUAGACUGAUGGUGCUGUUAUGAAACUGGGGCCUCUUUGGUUUGAAAGACAUGGAAAACUAUCACUGGAAAUGUAACAAGUCUUCUGAAUAAAAGGCA